GUAACUCUCUGUGGAUUUUCCUGUACUGCGUUGGUUGAUGUCAUUGCAGCAUAACAAUUUCAACUUUCCUUUUGGCCGAUCCAGACACUUUGUUGCUGAGUUGAACAUCAAGUCACGAUGUCUGACUACUCAAGCACCGGAAGCUCUGAUAGCUGGAGUUCUUCAGAGUCUGGAAGUGAUGAUGAAGAGACUAUACAGUUGCUCAGAAAAAUAUCUAAGAUGGAUGUGAACGAAAAUAAACCGAACAGGUUUCUCGGCACUGGCAUUGUCUAUCACCAAAUUAUGACGGAACAUAAGUGUGAUUGGGACACCAGCUACCCCGAGCACCCUGGGCGACUGACGGAAUCGUACGAUCGUUGCCGAGAACUUGGCCUUGUGGAUCGUUGUUUACAAAUCGAGCUUCAUUACGCAAUGGAGGACCAGAUCAUGGAGGUUCAUUCUCAAGACCUACUGACCACUGCCCAAUCAACUGCCAUGAUGAGUGUGGAGGAGCUGAAAGAGCUGGCUGAAAAACACGACUCCUGGUAUUCCAACAAUUCCACCUAUGAAGCAGCUCUGGCCGCUGCAGGCUCAGCCAUCAACCUUGUGGACCACGUGCUGGAUGAGAAAAUUGACAAUGGAUUUGCACUUGUUAGACCUCCAGGGCAUCAUGCGAUGCACUCUGAGUUCAAUGGCUACUGCACCUUCAACAAUGUUGCUAUUGCAGCAGAGAGAGCGCUGUCCCGAGGUGUCUCCAGGAUUCUCAUCGUAGACUGGGACGUACAUCAUGGCCAAGGUGUGCAGAGGCACUUUUACAAGGACUCCAGAGUGCUGUACUUUUCUAUUCAUCGCUACGAGUACGGGCGGUUCUGGCCCGAGUUGAGAGAAUCUGACUAUGAUUUCAUCGGUAAAGACAAUGGUCUUGGCUACAACAUCAACAUCCCUCUGAACAAGAAUGGCAUGACAAACAGUGACUACAUGGCUGUUCUACAUCAGGUGUUGCUGCCUGUCGCUUAUGAGUUUCAACCCCAGUUGAUACUGAUCAGUAAUGGCCUCGAUUCCGCCAUAGGGGAUGAGAAGGGAGAGAUGUUGCUCACCCCCAGCAUGUACGCCCACAUGGUCCAUCACCUGAUGGGUCUGGCCACUGGACGAGUUUGUGCUGUGCUUGAGGGUGGCUACUGUGUGAAGUCUCUGGCUGAGGGUUGUGCUCACACUCUACGUAGUCUCCUGCAAGAUCCUUGCCCCAUGCUGAAAGCACUGGAAGAGCCCUCUGACAGUGUCAUCAGCACCAUCCUUAACGUGGUCAAAGUUUUACGGCCGUACUGGAACUGUUUUGCCUACCACCAGUUGCUCCUGCCCAAUGAGUCGUGCCAGUUUCCUGAGGUCAGCUCUGUGCCGCCACUACCAGGAGUGGAGUUCAGUACCCCUGAGAAUCGCCCGGAGAAGUUUGAGAUUCUUCACAACUACCCUACUCAGAGUGCUGAGACCAUACAGCAUUACUCUGCCCUCAUAGACGACCUCAUAAAGGAAACAGAUCUCUCUGUGGCAGCCGACAGGUGUUGUUAUGUGUUUGACCCUGACAUGAGAGCCCACAAAAACCUUGACCUUGGAAGCCAUCCUGAGAGACCUGAUCGCAUAUCGAGAAUCUACGCAAAACUGGCAGAACAAGGGCUCCUCAAGAGAUGCUUGGAAGUUGAAUCCCGCCUUGCCAGGAAAGAAGAACUGCUGUUGAUUCAUUCAGAGUCCCACAUCACAGCCAUGCAGGAGACUCAGAGAAUGUCAGAGAAGGAGCUGAGUCGGCUGCCUCUAGAGCGUCUCUACAUUUCCAUUUACCUCCAUCAGAGAACAAUGCACUGUGCCUUGCUGUCCUGUGGGAGUCUGCUAAAUGUUGUGGAAGCGGUGAUGACCAAACAGGCACAGAGUGGAGUGGCAAUUAUCAGGCCGCCAGGACACCACGCGGAGUCGCACUGUGCCAUGGGAUUCUGUAUAUUCAACAAUGUGGGCAUUGCUGCCAAGUUUGCUCAGAAACACUUUAAUGUGAAGAGGGUUCUGAUUGUUGACUGGGAUGUUCACCAUGGCAAUGCAACCCAGCAUCAGUUUUAUGAUGACCCGAGUGUCCUGUACAUCUCUCUGCACCGUUACGACAAAGGAGGAUUUUUCCCUGGCAGUGAUGACGCUGAUGCGGAUCACACUGGCACUGGAGCUGGGCAAGGAUUCAAUGUGAACAUCCCCUGGAAUUUU